AUGGCGAUUCAGUGCCUUCGGGCUGGCUUGCCGGAAGUCUUGAAAGCCAACUUGAUGGGUUCCCUUCACUGGUGCUUGCUACUGGUGCUGGGCCAGUCCAUCUUCAUGGCAGGAUUCAAAAAGAAGAUGCUGGAGUUCAACCAGAACGGCGCAGCUGCGCAGAUGUCUUGUCAGGUCGUGGCCUCGAUCAGCAUCACCUUGCCCACCUUAUACGGCUCCGUGGCGGGCGUCUCUCCCGAGGACGUGUUGCUCCUCUCAAGAGUCUGUGCCCUGUUCUUGAUCUUCCUCUACCUUAGUUUCAUCUACUUCCACUUGAAGACUCACAAGGCUGGGGGCAACAAGCGACCGGUAAGUCAGGCUUUCCGCGGAGCUCGGCGGAAAGCCAUCUUCAGAGCUAUGCGUGUGCCUGCCAAAUAG